UCUGUGUCUCUCAGACACAGCGGAUCACCGAUCAAUGGAAAGAGCCAAAGAUGUCGGCUCGGUCAUUGCCACCUGUCAGUGCCCAUCAGUGCCAGCUGUCAGUGCUCAUCAAUGCCACCUGCCAGUGCCUACCAGUGCCACAUCAAUGCCACAUAUCAGUGCCCAUCUGAGUUGCCUUCUAGUGUCACCUAUCAGUGCCAGUAAGUGCCACCUAUCAAUGCCAGUCAGUGCCACAUAUCAGUGUGCAUCAGUGCCACCUAUUAGUGCCCGUCAGUGCUGCCUAUCAGUGCUGCCUAACAGUGUCAGUGCCACCUAACAGUGCCAGUCAGUGCAGCCUAUCAGUACCACCUAUCAGUACCGCCUAUCAGUGCAGAUAUGCGUUCUGCCUUUCAG